AUGAACAAAAAAAUUAUAUUUUAUUUCUUAACUGCAUUGGUUGUGUUAACCUUCAAAACCGAUUCAAGUUAUUCAAAUCCAACGAUUCCUAAAUAUGAUGAGAAUUAUUGGACAUUGGAAAAAAUGAAAGAAGCUAAACCCUUAACAAUUAAAAAUGUUGGAUUUAGAACAAGAAGAGGUGUCAAAACUAUAAAAAAUACAACUGACUCCUCUAGAUAUAUGAAUUCUAUGCAACCUUUUGAGAGAAAAUAUGAUGUAAAUACUAGGGUAGCAAAUGAAGAUCAUGUAGAUCAAGUUAAAUCUAUCGCCAUCGGAUUGUUAUUUAUGAGCAAGGAUGGUGAAGAUUAUACUUGUACCGCUAGUGUAAUCAAUACUAAUGAUGGAAAUAUUGGACUUACUGCAGCGCAUUGUCUUUUUCAUUAUGAUACUAACUCAUUUUUUGAUAAUAUAAUCUUUUCUCCUGGAUAUGACAAUGGACAACCUGGUCCACUUGGUAAUAUUCCUAUCGCCAAGGUGGUAGUAACAAAUGAAUUUCUUCAUAAUAAUGAUGAUAGAUUUGAUUGGGGCAUGAUGUUAUUUAAUUUUAACUGGAAUGGCCUUUCAUUAAAACAUUUUACGGGAGCUCUCGGUUUUCGAUUCAAUCCAGGAGACAAUGUUCCAACAACUAUUCACGGUUAUCCGAAUGGAGGUGUUCUUGCAAAUUGUCCAAAUGAUGGACUACAUCUUUGUACGUGGCAAGGAGAAACAAUAUUGGCAAAUUAUUAUUAUAUCGUACAUGACUUAAAUGUCGGAGAGGGUGCAAGCGGAGGUCCUUUAAUGAUGAAUUAUGAUCCAAAUACGAAUUUGGGUCAAUUAUAUAGUAAUUAUGCUUCUUUUGAUGAACUCAAUGAUCAAUUACUUGCACCUAUUUAUAACCCAGUACAAUUCCAAUCAUUAAUAGACAACUCUCAACAGAUUAAACUGCAAAAGGAUUCAACCCAAUACAUGAUGAAAAAUAACCUAUUACACAAACAAACUAGAAAUGGAGAUAAAAGAACUACUCUUCUUAGGUUUAAAACUGAAAAAGAAAAUUCAAAAAUAGCUACUUCAUAUGAUUUUAUAAGUCUUGAUAUUUUAGAAGUUGACCCUCAAGAUGUUUUA